UUUUAAAGAGAAGCAUGGGGAGUUGUUAGAUGGAAAAUGGAUCCUUUAUUUCAUGUCCUGAUUUUCACCUGCCUGGCCUUCAAGAUCUCAGAAGGGUUUCUGAUUAUCCAUGUCCAGAAACGGCAAUGUCUUGUUGGAGGCAAAACAGCAUUUGUGGGCAAGUGCAAUCUGACUGAUCCAAACCAGCAGUGGAGGUGGACAGAGGAUGAGAAGUUGCUCCAGGUUAGAUCUGGCCAGUGUUUGGGCAUCUCCAAGUCCUCUGCUGCAUCAUCCCGCAGCAUCUUCAUAGACUGCCCUCAGGCACCCAGCUGGAUCUUCCACAACACGGAAGGGCUCCUCCAGGUGGCAAACAGCUCUCUCUUUCUCACAAAACAAGGCCCGAGGGUAAUGAUCAAGAAGGGUAGAAAAUACCCCCAUAGCUGGAAGCAAAUAGAUGUCGACGACAAGGGAAAAACUGCCUAUGAAAAUCUGUGCCCACACAAAGAUCCGCACUGGAUUUUUUGCAUCUUGGAGAACAGUAGAAGUACCUCCUCACCCUUUAAUGCUAUUACAUCUACUCCUGGGAAUUUCCUUAAGAGUAGCACAGAGAUCUUCAUCGGAAAUAUUACAGAAAACUACAGUAAAAACAUUAAUGAAAAACUCCAUCUGAACCUGAAGUUGUCUGCAGUAAAAGAGAAAUCCUGGAUUCCAACAACUACCCAUCAUUACUUCAGUACCACAGAAGAGAAGGGGCAUGGGGAACCUGUGAAAUGUACCAUCAGCCUGACGGAGUGGAGGGUUUCCAGCCAGUCUGUCUAUGUCAAAUGGAGCAGUUUGGGGAAUCUCUGCAACUUCACCCUGACGUGCAGCUCUGACAACGCCUCGCACACAGAGUGUCAUCCCGUCCAGAAGACUAACGAGUCCUACGAAUGCAGCUACAAUGGCUUAGAAGCAGGGACUUUGUAUUAUCUCAGGAUUUUCUCUCUCUCGGACACAGAAACGAGCAACAUCUCCUUGCAAACAGAUCCCUUACCACCAGCUAAAUUUGAAAUUAAUAAGGAAAAAACUACUUCCACAAGCUUGCAGGUCUUGUGGAGUCCAUCCUCAGGAAAGGUGGAUUGGUAUGAGCUACAAUUAUCUGAUCAUAAUAAUAAAAGGAUACAGAAUGUCUCAAUACAAGGAGGUAUUUCAAGAAGAGAAGAGACCUUUUCCAAUCUCACCCCUGGGAGCAAAUACAAUGUUAUCAUCACUGCAGUUGCUGGAAAUAAAAGCACCCCAGCAAUUCACAUCAGCGGAUCUACUGUGCCAUCCCCAGUGCAAAACAUUCAGAUCAGUGUCAAGACAGACACUAUCCACGUUUCAUGGUUACCUGGUUCUGGUUAUGUGGAUCGAUACAGGCUGGUAUUACUGGAUAAAGAAGGACCAGUUCGUGAGAUCAACUAUGAGGAACGCUUACUUUCCUACACUUUUCUUGGACUUACAGCAGGACAUCUGUAUAAUCUCACUAUCAUAGCUGAAGCUGCAGGACUAGAGAGCUACAACUUUAAACUGGUUAGAACAGCCCCAGCAGAAGUCUCAGAUUUGAUGGUGACGAGUGAUGGCAGCUUGGAUAUAUUAAAAGUUACAUGGAAAAGACCUCUAGGAAACCUAGAUUUCUACAAUAUCACUCUGUCUCAUCUUGGAUCCAUUAAAGAAAUCAAAACUUUACAGCCCCAGGUCACAGAGGCUCAGUUUGACAAGUUGAUUCCAGGAAGUCUUUAUCAGGUCACUGUCAGCACAAUCACUGGUGAAUUAUUCACUGACAAGAUAGCAACUGGCAGGACAGUUCCUCAGAAAGUUUCAGAGCUGAAAGCUAGCAGUGAUGGUUGUCUGAGGUCUCUGACAGUGAGCUGGCUGCCCCCUGCUGGAGACUGGGACAGAUACUACAUUUUGUUGUUCAACCUCUCCACUGUGCUGCUGAACACUACAUUAAAGAAAGACAGAAGAGAAUAUGUCAUCCAGGAUAUAGGACUCAUCCCAGGAAGACAAUAUGAGGUGGCAGUUAUAGUGGAGAGUGGAGGCUUACAGAACACGGCUCGCUGCAAAGGCAGAACAGCUCCACAGCCUGUUCUUCAGCUCCGGGUAAAGCAUGCUAAUGAAUCUUCGCUUAGUGUCAUGUGGAUGACCCCUGUUGCAGAAUGGGACAGUUACGUGGUUUCACUGGGAUACAGGGAUCUUACCAUCAUAAACAAGGCUCUUGUGAAAGAAGCUAAAGAAUAUACUUUCAGUGAUCUGGUACCUGGACGGAAAUACACAGCUACAGUCACUAGCAUUAGUGGGGAUUUAAGCAACUGGACUUCAGUAGAGGGAAGAACAGUGCCAGCUCAGGUGACUAGCCUGCAUGUGACAAACCAGGGGGCAACCAACAGUUUGUUCACCAACUGGACGAGGGCACUGGGAGAUGUAGAGUCGUAUCAAGUGCUGCUGAUUCACGAAAAUGUUGUCAUUAAAAAUGAGAGUGUUUCCAGUGAGACCAGUAGAUACCAUUUCCAUUCUCUGAAAGCCGGAGGACUCUAUUCCGUGGUCGUUACCACAGUUAGUGGAGGGAUAUUAUCCAGACAGACGAUUGCAGAAGGGAGGACAGUUCCUUCCAGUGUGAGCGGAGUAACGGUGAAUAAUUCGGGACGGAGCGACUACCUCAGUGUUUCCUGGCUGCCAGCUACCGGAGACGUGGAUAGUUAUUUGGUAACACUCUCUCAUGACAGCCAGACAGUUCAGACUCUAACCAUUUCCAAAGCCCUCAGUGAAUGUUCUUUCAGCAGCCUUGUUGCCGGCAGGCUCUACAAUGUGAUGAUAACCACAAAGAGCGGGAAGUAUGAAAAUCAUUCCUUCAGCCAGGAACGAACAGUACCUUCAAGCGUGCAGGGACUUACUGUCAGCAAUUCAGCAAGAAGUGACUAUUUAAAGGUGUCCUGGUUGCAUGCCACUGGAGAUUUUGAUAAUUAUAAAGUGAUCAUCAAGAACAACAAUGACUUCAACCAAACAAAAAGAGUCCCCAAGGAUGAAAAUGAAUGUGUGUUCACUAAACUGGUCCCGGGGAGGCAAUACAGUGUCACUGUUAGCACACAGAGUGGAAAAUAUGAGACUAGUAAAAGGAUCAAUGGCAGAACAAUGCCGGAGUCAGUGAAGGAAUUGACUCUUAGUAACAGAAGCACUGAAGACCUGCAAGUUACGUGGUCAAAGGCUGAGGGGGAUGUCGAUAAGUAUGAGAUUCAGCUACUUUUCAAUGAUAUGAAGGUCUUUCCACCCAUUUUCCUUGGAAACACCAUUGAGGAGUAUUGGUUCACAGCUUUAACCCCAGGGCGCCUGUACAAAAUUCUUGUCUUGACAAUCAGUGGAGACACACAACGUGCCACUUUCAUCGAAGGACUGACAGCUCCAAGUGCUGUCAAAAACAUUCACGUUUCAGCCAAUGGGAUGACAAACAGCCUGAAAGUGAACUGGACUCCUGGAGGAGGAGAUGUUGAUUCCUACACAGUGACACUAUUCCAUCAAAACUAUCAGCUUGAUUCCCAGACUGUCUCCAAGCCUAUCUACGAGCAUACCUUCAGCAAGUUAGAAGCAGGAGAGCAGUACCGGAUUGUGGUACAGUCUAACAGCGGCACCCUGCACAACAGUUUAACAGCUCUCGGACGUACAAUUCCUGCCUCUGUCCAGGGAUUAUUUGCAGAUCAUGCCUACAGCAGUCAUUCCUUGUUAGUGACCUGGCACAGUGCUCCUGGAGUGGCUGAGAGAUAUGACAUCCUGCUCUUGACUGAGCAAGGUAUCCUUCUGAGCAAUAAAUCAGAGCCAGCAACUGCUAAACAGCACAAAUUUGAAGAUUUAAUACCAGGCAAGAAGUAUAAAGUGCAAAUGUUGACAGUCAGCGGUGGGCUCUUCAGCAGACGAGCAGAAACUGAAGGCCGAACAGUCCCAUCCGCUGUCACAAAUCUGAAGGUCACAGAAAACACCAAUGGACGCCUAUCAUUCAGCUGGACUACCUCCCAGGGAGAACUGGACUCCUAUAAUAUCUUUCUGUACAAUCCAGACAAAUCCCUCCAGGGCAGAAUUUCAGGGGACCCGAACCUCCAGCAGUGUUCUUUCCAGAACUUGCGGCAAGGCAGGAUGUAUAAAAUGGUGAUUGUUACCCACAGUGGAGAGCUCACAAAUGAGUCAUCUGUAUUUGGAAGAACAGUUCCAGCCCCAGUUAUUAAUCUCAACGGCUCCAACAGAAACAUGACGGACAGUCUGUGGUUCACCUGGGGACCGGCAUCAGGAGAUGUAGAUUAUUAUGAGCUGAAUCUUUAUAACCCAAAUGGCACACAGAAGGAAACAAGGAAUGGGAAAGACCUGAGAGAGUGGCAUUUCCUGGGCCUAGUUCCUGGCAGAAAGUACACCCUGGUUGUAGUGACCCACAGCGGUGACCUGACCAAUACAGCAAAGACUGAGGGAAGAACAGCACCCAGUCCUCCUAGUGCUGUAUCAUUUGCUGAUGUUGCAAACACCUCCCUGUCAAUCACCUGGCUGGGUCCCCCAGACUGGACGGAUUAUGAUGACUUUGAGUUGCAAUGGUUCCCAAGAGAUCCCCUUACAGUCUUCAACCCGUACAGCAACAGCAGAUCAAAGGGACGCAUCAUGUAUGGCCUUCGACCGGGGCGGCUCUAUCAUUUCAGUGUCAGGAGCGUCAGCGGCAACACCUGGAAGACAUACAGUCAAUCACUGUCUGGAACUGUGAGAACAAGACCAGACAGAAUACAAAACCUUCACUGCCGGCCACAAAACUCUACUGCCAUUGCAUGUUCCUGGACCCCGCCUGACUCUGACUUCGAUGGAUAUAGCAUUGAAUGCAAAAAAAUGGACACUGGAGAAGUUGAGUUUUCCAAAAGGAUAGAGAAAGAAAGAUCUUUGCAAAAUAUCAUGAUGCUAGUACCCCACAAGAGAUACUUGGUGUCCAUCAAAGUGCAGUCUGCAGACAUGACUAGUGAGGUAGUUGAAGACAGCACCAUCACUAUGAUAGACCGCCCCCCUCCUCCACCUCUCCACAUCCGAGUGAACAAAAAGGAUGCUCUCAUUACCAAAUCUUCCAUCAACUUUACUUUCAACUGCAGCUGGUUCAGUGACACCAAUGGAGCUGUGAAAUACUUUACUGUGGUUGUGAGAGAGGCCGAUGGCAGUGAAGAGCUGAAGCCAGAUCAGCAGCACCCGUUACCUUCCUACAUGGAAUACAAACAUAACAAUUCCAUACGUGUCUAUCAGACAAACUAUUUCGCAAGCAAAUGUGCUGAAAACCUUGACAGCAACUAUAAGAGCUUUGACAUUAAGCUUGGAGCUGAGAUGGAAAGUCUGGGAGGAAAAUGUGAUCCCAAUCAGCAGAAAUUCUGUGACGGGCCACUGAAGCCAAGGACUGCCUACAGGAUCAGUAUCCGAGCUUUCACCCAGCUCUUUAGUGAAGACCUGAGGGAAUUCACGGAGCCACUCUUCUCAGAUACAUUUUUCUCUUUACCAAUCACUACUGAGUCAGAGCCCAUGUUUGGAGUUAUAGAAGGCGUGAGUGCUGGUUUGUUUCUCAUUGUGAUGGUGGUGGCUGUCACUGCUUUAUUUGUCUACAAACAAAAAAUUAGUAAUGGCCAUGAACGACCUACGGCAAGGCUGAGCGUUCGCAGGGACAGGCCGUUGUCCGUCCAUCUGAACUUGGGGCAGAGAGGGAGCCGGAGAAUUUCCAGUCCAAUAAAGAUAAAUCAGUUUGAAGGGCACUUCACCAAACUCCAAGCAGAUUCCAACUACCUCCUGUCCAAGGAGUAUGAGGACUUAAAAGAUGUGGGUCGAAACCAAUCGUGUGACAUAGCGCUUUUGCCGGAGAACAGAGGGAAAAAUCGAUACAAUAAUAUAUUGCCCUAUGAUUCGUCGAGAGUGAAGCUUUCCAACGUAGAUGAUGAUCCUUGCUCAGAUUAUAUUAAUGCAAGCUACAUACCAGGCAAUAAUUUUCGCAGGGAAUACAUUGCGACUCAGGGCCCUUUGCCUGGCACCAAAGAUGAUUUCUGGAAGAUGGCAUGGGAACAGAAUGUUCACAAUAUUGUCAUGGUAACCCAGUGUGUCGAGAAGGGCCGAGUGAAGUGCGAUCAGUACUGGCCCCUGGACCAGGAUUCCUUGUAUUACGGAGAUCUGAUAGUUGAGAUGCUGUCUGAGUCAGUGCUUCCGGAAUGGACAAUAAGGGAGUUUAAAAUUUGUAGUGAAGAGCAGCUUGACUCAAAGAGGCUCAUUCGUCACUUUCAUUACACAGUAUGGCCAGACCAUGGAGUUCCAGAGACCACCCAGUCCCUGAUCCAAUUUGUAAGAACUGUAAGGGAUUAUAUCAACAGGACUCUGGACACCGGACCAACCAUUCUGCACUGCAGUGCUGGUGUUGGUAGGACAGGCACAUUCAUUGCACUGGACCGAAUCCUUCAGCAACUAGACUCUAAGGACUCAGUGGAUAUUUAUGGAGCAGUGCAUGAUCUAAGACUUCACAGGGUUCACAUGGUUCAGACAGAGUGUCAGUAUGUCUAUUUACAUCAGUGUGUGAGAGACGUGUUAAGAGCAAGAAAGCUACGCAGUGAACAAGAAAAUCCCUUGUUUCCAAUAUAUGAAAAUGUGAAUCCAGAGUAUCACAGAGAUGCUGUUUAUUCGAGACACUAAGAAUGUAACAGACACCUGCUUUUGUGAUCAGAUCUGUUAACGUUGUGUGAGUGAGUGUGCGUGUGUGUGUGUGUGUGUUUCAUGCACUAGAGAAGCGCCAGACAUUUCUAUUGAAGCUUUGUAUAAUUUAUUGGUCUGGUGAUUUUUUUAAAGAUAUAUAAUUUAAGUGUAAUAGAUAUUAUUGUAUAUAAUUGUAUUUUGGUGUUAUGUAAAUAUGUAUUUUUUCUAUAAUGUUUAUAUUAAUAUUAAGCUUCAGAUAAUACUAUUUUUCCAUACUAAAGUUUUUAGGAACUUUUCUACAUAAACUAUUUUAAACUGUGUGUCAAAAAGAACUGCUGAGUUAUGUAUUGGCACUUAAUAUACAAGAAAAAUCCAUUAAGGAUAGCCAGCCUUUUUAGCUGACUCAGUGUUCACAAGAUGAAAUAAGAUACAUGUUAGAUAAAAGAUAGUAGUCCUACAUAGGAAUUCUAAACUUUAAAUUGAUUGCUGAUUGCUUGUGAUUUGAUCAGAAUGGAUGAAAUCCACAAUGCCAGGGCACUGCAAUGUACCAUUUACCAAAAGCUCAUUAACAUCCAAAUAAAAAACCGUCCACUUCACUAUGAGCAACUGUUUCACUGUAAUCUGAAUGUUAGUGAAAAAAUAUUAACAUAUGUUGCCUUGAAGUUUAAUAGAACUCGUCUUUUACUCUGAUGGGAGGUCAGAUUUAGAUUUGACCUACAUGACUAUGUAAAUGAAUGCAUACAGCAGCCAAAGACAAUAAAUAAACUACACGUACAUUCACCCGGACUGACAUGCAGAGACUUACUUCUGUGAGGAUGCAAAACCUGGCAAUUUUUAUCCCUUUUUAAAAUAAAAGUCAUUAUCAAGAGAGUUUAAAGAGUAGGCUGGGCUGGAUAACAUCAGUAUAGACCCCCCCAGGAAUAUACAGAUUUACAGAUGCCAAAGAUGGAAACAGUUUUCACAGUAAUAGUGGCAUUUAAGCUGCCAUGGCUCUUUAUUGGAGAUCACUUUUCUCUUGAAGAUACUGUAAUCUGACCACUCCAAUCAAUAGCAUUUGUUUCUUUGUGUUUAUAAAAACUCACUUUGAAUUAACAGGAAAGGGACUGUUCACUAUUAAAAUAUAAUGAAAGCUUUGUGUAAAGAACAAUCCUUUCCAGAGGAGAAAGGGAAGGCUUGGUAGUUCGGCCUGCCUUCCGAUCUCCUCCCACACGGGUUAUCUGGCGAAAGCUUAGCCUGCCACAAGACAAAAACUUAGAAUAUUUUUGUUGAAAGGAAGGGGCAGAGCUGUUUGGAGGAGAACUUGUUCAAAUAAGCCUCUGAUGCUGUAAAUUCCCUGUUCUUUGGCAUGUCAGUACCCCCACUGCAGGCUGUGUGGCCCAUAGAGUUUAAUGCUGUCCCAGCCAGCACUUCAGGAGAGCCCCAGCUGUGAGGAGAAAACAGCUCCUGGUCCAUAGAAUUAAAAU